AUGAGAAAGCGUCAGUUACACAACGAAAACUGUAACAAAUCCCAAGACCCUACUCUUCACCCGCACCGUGAAUCUCUGUUUCUUAUACGGCUGUACAGCAGAUUUGUUUGUAUUUUGGUGAAAGAGGGUCGAAAUCUUUGUCUCUACCCUGUUAGCCCGAAAAUUAACCGGUUGUCGCGAGUCCCUCUUCGCCCUCUCUCUUUUUCCAGUCCGGAACGUCGCGGUGCGAUGGGCCGGUCUGCCUGCACGUUGGAACCGAACCUCCCAGAAAAAAAAGACCAAAAAAAUCGCCACCGACGAAGGCGGCGGCGACAUCGUACCACUUUUCCGUUUGCCCCGAUCUUCACACCCCAGGCGCCCACACAUCUGUCUCACAGAGCGCGUGCCGUUAAAGCAAAUCGCUGGCUGCGUCUUGCUAAAUGCAUGCAGCACCUGCAUGCAUUGCAUCUAUUGUACGACGGCACCGAAACACCAACUGAAUUGAAUCUAAACCUACAUAGGAAUCAAAGGGCUCGAACUAUAUACAACUAG